GAAGGAGAAGAAUGCCAAGCUCAUUACUCAUUUGGUAUAAUACCUGCCGGGAAGUGUGACAGUGGUAUGGUUUGUACUAGUCCCGUAGAAGCAACAGGACACCCUAUGAUGAUGUUAGGCAGAGGACAGUGUGUGAAGACCGAUCAAGCUGAUCUACGUCGUGCAAUUCCAGAGACAUUGUCGGCAUGUCAGCAGAUGAGAAGAGUACGUAUGAUUUCUAUGGUAGUUUGGCAGGGAUGGUGGAUGCCAAAAUGUGACGUGAACGGAGACUUUAUGGACCAGCAAUGUGACAAUAUGAAAAGAUGCUUCUGUGUUGAUUCCAAGACCGGUGAUGUCGACAAGACAACAUAUACAACACUUGGAGCUGCAAACUGUGCUGUCAGCAAACGAGACAAAACAAUGACAAAAUGUCAACAAAAAUAUGCUUCAAUGCAGUUCAGUUUUGCCAUCUGGCAAGGCAUGUGGUAUCCCAAGUGUGACACCGUGGGUAAUUUUGAACCGGAACAGUGUGAUAACACAGGAAAAUGCUUUUGUGUUAGUGCAGUUGAUGGAGUUGUGGACGAAUCUACCAAAGUACUUGGCAGCGCUGACUGCUCCAGUAAGAAAAGACAGACAGUGAAAAGGACAAAAUGUCAACAAAAAUAUGCUUCAAUGCAGUUCAGUUUUGCCAUCUGGCAAGGCAUGUGGUAUCCAAAGUGUGAUACCGUGGGUAAUUUUGAACCGGAACAGUGUGAUAACACAGGAAAAUGCUUUUGUGUAAGUGCAGUUGAGGGAGUUGUUGAUGAAUCUACCAAAGUACUUGGCAGCGCUGAAUGUUCUAGUAAGAAAAGACAAACAUUGAAAAAGACAAAAUGCCAACAGAUGAGAGACAUACGAAUGAUUUCAUUUGUGGUAUGGAAGGGGAUGUGGACACCAAAAUGUGAUGCUCUUGGAAAUUUUAUGCCUGAACAGUGUGACAAUACCCAGCACUGUUUCUGUGUGGAUGCCGUUGCUGGAAGUGUAGACGAAUCCACUAAAGUACUUGGCAUUGCUGAUUGUUCUCAGAGUGUUAACUCGUUCACACAACAAUAA